GCCACUAGAAAAUUCCCAACCCAAAUUUACUUUCUUUAGGUCUCUCAAAAUUAUGGAUUUCCAAAGCCAAAGACUAUAUUCCCCAAAAUACAAUAAAAAGAGGCUAAACCAAGAGCAAGUAAGGUUGCUAGAGAGAAGUUUCAGUGCCAACAAGAAGCUUGAACCAGAGCUCAAGCUUCAACUCGCUAACCAGCUGGGUGUUCCACCAAGACAAGUGGCGAUUUGGUACCAAAACAAGCGAGCCCGAUGGAAGACACAGAGCAUGGAACUCGAUUGCAACACACUUCAAGUGAAACUCGAGAAUGCAUUGUCUGAAAAAAGAAGGCUCGAGAAAGAUGUCAAGUAUCUUCAAGAAGAGUUGAGGAAAGCUCAAGAGACUAUGUUUGCCAUGAAUAAUAAUCAAAGAGCUAAUCAUCAUCACCAUCAACAACAACAAGACCAGCCUCUUAACUACUUUGUUUCUUGCAAUUCGACAGGGUCUAGUGAAGAAGGGGGAAGCUCGAGCUUUCAUGAAGAUCAUGAAGUGCUGCAAAUUGAUGAACUCUAUGCUUGUUUGAUUGGUGGUGAUAGGUCAACUUGGAGUUAAGCUUGGUUUAUGGGAAAUUUGAUCUUUUUUUGUUUAUUGUAUUGAUGGUGCAAUAACAUGUUCCUUGUUGGGUGUCUUAAAUUUAUAAGAAAAUAGUAGAAAGAGUUUCUAGGGUGUGUUUGGUUAGAAGGAAAAAAAAAAGUGUAAGGCAAUUAUAUAUAUUAUUCAAUGGCUAAAUUAUGCAGUGAAUCGAAGCUGUGGGGUUCAAGAA